AUUGCUCCCAAAGAAAUGGAAGGGACGGACCCGCCAAACAGUGACUCGGAUGUGCUUCAGUCUCCACGAUUCAAAUAAAACAUUCUCAUCGUAGACCCAACGAUCUUUGCGUUUCGGCGGGACAGAGUCAAGAGAGCGAGAGCUGAGUAAUAAGGUUCUCAAAAUUCCAUAAUGGCGGAUUCCACCGAAGAACUGGAGCCCUUGUUCGAUUACAGCCGCGUUCAGCCUCUUGAUGUCGUGUGCCUCGACGUAGAUGAGGAUGAUGUGGAUUCAUCUCAAGCUUUCUCUUCUAAUAAACGGAGGAAGAUUUCUGAACCUGUUGUUGUUGAGGAUGCGGAGGAAAACACGAAAGUAAUACAAAUAUUGGAUUGUGAAGAAAACAAAGAGUUGGAUUGGCUAGCACUGCCACCCAAGGUUUCCGGUGAUGUUCAGAAGCUGCUUGGGGAGAAUUCUACUAUAAAGGAGUUGAGGUUGAGGAAGCAAGAGCUUGUCACAUUUGCACAAUCAGCUGAAGAUGUGUUGCGAGCUGUGGAGGAGUCUGCAAAAAGAGAACUUGGUAGUUCAAUGCAUUCUUCUCUGGAGGCUGUCACUGACCAACCAUCAAAGCCUCCUUGUGAAAGAGUUAAGAUAGUUAUUUCUGUUCAGGAUAAGGAUGGGCUCAAGCAUUUUCGCAUGUACAUGGAUGACAAAUUUGAACGGCUCUUCAAAAUGUAUGCGGAUAAAGUUAAGCUUGACAUACAGAACUUAGUAUUUUGCUUUGAUGGGGAUAAAAUAAGUCCAGCAGCAACCCCUGAUGACCUUGGUAUGGAGGACAACGACAUUAUUGAGGUGCAUGUUAAGUCAAGCUGAUUGAGAAAAUAUGGUUCCUGGAGAAUUCUACUUUGUAGGGGUUGGGGGGAAUGACUGCUAUUGAUAUUUAAUAUUGAGGUUAUGCAAAAGGCCCAUGUAGAAGACUAUUUCACUCCAGAUAGGCUGUCUGACUUGGUUGGACAAAUCAUGGUGCCUAGGGUAACUACCCUCUUUGGUAGAAUGUGGUGGAACAGCUGAAGAAAAUUCCCAUGCAGAUCUCAAUUGUUGAUCUAGUGAUGACCUUGGGACAUCACUGGAAUGCAGGUUCAGAAUGAUCCCUUAGAUUGGAAUUAGGUUAUUUCUAAACACACUUGUAAUACCUAAUACGAACAAUGUUAAUUUUUGCUAUAAACUAGAUGCUAAUUGUUGUUUUAAGACUGCAGAUUAAUGUAUAUUUAUCAAUAUUUGUAGCCGCGUGUUGACGGACUUUCAUAAGCAUAUGACGUGGCUCUUAGAGAAUAUUUUUUAUUUAUGGCAUCAAAGCAUUUCCAAGGAAAUAGAACUGAUGAAAGUUUUUGUGAUGAAAUUCUUG